AUGAUCACACCGCGCUUCAGGUGCGAACAGACAGACGCAUCGCUCAUCCUCACCGUCGCCUGCCCCGCCGUCCGCGCCGCCGACGUCGAGAUCCACGUCGACAACACCCUCGUCUCCAUCCACAUCGCCCCCUACUUCCUCCGCCUCUCCCUCCCCGCACCCGUCACAGAGGACGACGCCUCGUCCGCCGCGUACGACCCCGCCGCCGGCGUCCUCACCCUCACCCUCUCCAAGCAGACCCGCGGCGAGCACUUCCCCGACCUCGACCUCCUCCCGAAGCUCCUCGCACCGCGCCCGGUCCACCCGCCCACCGCCCCCGUGAUCGAGGUCCUCGCAUCACACGACGCCCAGGAUGCCGAUAGCGAUGCUCGUCCGCGCCGCGAAACGCAUCAGACGCAAGAUUCAGACCUGGCGCAGCGCGCGCAGGCGCUCUCGCUCGACCGCCCAGACCUGACACACGAACAGCGCGAGAUACUCCAAGCCGCAGCAAACGACUGGCAGCUCCCCCAAUUCGUCCCCGCCCCCACCUCCUUCCACACCGCCCUCCAAAAACCAUACGGCUUCCUCGACGCCUACACUGGCUACUUCCGCCAUGUCGCCGAGUCCCCCAAUGAAGCCAACGCCCUCGGCCCCGACGCAGAGACCCUCUCUCCCGCCGACCGCCGCGCGCGCCGUGUCGCGCAGGAGGAUGCGCAGUGGGACGAGGAGCACUACAUGGCGGACUACGCUGACCCAGAGACCAUUGAGGAACUUCUCGAGUGGGAGCACCCGCACCUCGCCGUACCCGUCGUCGCUCCCUUCACUGAAGCCGAGAACCUCGCCAUGCUCCGCCUCCCGCGCAAAGAAUACCUCCCCACCCCCGCCCAGACCCACAGCCUCUACCUCACGCUCGCCACCCUCCUCUUCGCGUACGCCUACGACGCCCGCACGACGCAGCACGAUCCCACCCCCGAAAGCGCCUGGACCAUCUGCGUCCUCACCCCCGCCUUCGCCGCCCUCGACCCCCCGCCCUACCCUCCACCCUCCGCCUCCGCCUCUGCCCUCCUCAUCCCGUCCCUCCAGCCCUCCCCCGCACCCGCGCUCAUCACCCCCGCCGACCUCCUCCCCUCCUACCGCCGCGCCCUCGCCUUCCCGCUCCACCGCGCCUUCCCACUCGCCGACCGCUGCCGCGCCGACGCCGCGCGCCUCCUCGCCCGCGGCCCGCGCACCGUCCUCCGCUGCCUCCUCGAGCUUCGUGCCCUCCUCGACGCGCACGACGCCUACUACGUCUACGCGCGCAUCUGGCUCGACGACCUCUGCGCCUGGGUCGCAGCCUGCGCGAGCGAAGCCGCCCUGCACGAGCUCGGCACCGCCCUCCUCGCGCUGCGCAUCGACAAGCGCGCCCUCGGCUGGGACAUCGACGCCCUCGAGGCCGCCGUCCGCGCCACCCAGGCCCAGCCCCGCGCGCCCGACAGUGACGACGAGAGCGACGAGCACGACGAGGACCCGGGCGAUUCAAGCGAAGAAUCCGACUCGGAUUCGAGCGAGGACUCGAGCGAGGAGGGCUCAGACUUAGACGACGCGCGCGAGCGUCCGGGCGGCGCGCGUGCUGCAGAAGACACUGAGGUGCAAAAGACAGUCCCGGUCAGCGUGUGACGGCGCCGCGCCGCGCCUCCCGUGUCGUAGUUUCGUUUCGUUUCGUUUCGUUUCGUUUCGUACGCCAUCUCGUCGCCUCUCGCAAAAGAAAGGCGCCGCCCUAGUAGCCCCACCGCAAUGCAUUCGUAACUCGAUGCGUCCCC